AUGUGUUAUGUGGGAUCGGUUUUCGAUAUUUCCUGUCCGUCUCAAUUAUUAGAAUCGUGGGCUCGACGUGCUCAGGACUCGGUGGCCGAAAUUAGGUCUUCAACGCGACCGCUUACGCCGUUUGAUGUCCAAGCUAUUUUGCUUUAUUCCAUCGCUGUCUACUGGUGCAAUGAAACAGAAAGUGGCGCGGAGUUCCUUAAUGAGGCAAUUCGUAUGGCGGUAGCCCUUGGGAUGAACAAAAAGGAAUUCGCGCAAAACUACCCAGAAGCCGAUUCUGUAAUAGAAGAAAGCUGGCGCCGCACUUGGUGGGUGAUCUAUAUUACCGAUGCCCAUAUUGCUGGAUCUACCCAUAUUUACCCGUUCCGAACAAGUGGCAUUGAGGUCACUACCGACCUUCCCUGUGAAGAAGAACAGUAUGAAAAAGGGGCGAUCCCACACCCGCGAUCCCUAGAAGAUUAUGAGAACAGGGAAUUCCUUGAAGAAGAUGAAACUAAAUUUUCCUCUUAUGCGGAACUUAUUGGCUUGACCCGUGGAGUUGACCGGGCAUUGUCUCCAGGCAACACUGCAAAUAAUCGAAUAUACACUACGAUGGCUGCUAGCUCUGAUACUAGUGUUCGAGCAUGGUUCUCUCUUCUUUCUCUGGAGAAGAGGCAGUUAAUUCGUCCCGAUGGAUCAUUUGAUGAGGUCAUGUUCAAAGCAUUCUUCAUUAUGCACACAUACACAAUUGAAAUUCAUCGGCCGUUGUCAGCAUUGACACACAGCGCAAUCGAAUCCGUAUCACACUGUGCUCCGAUAGCCCCACCGGAACAACUAAAAUGCAACAAUGCGAAGGAGCGUGACCUACAUACUGUGAAAUGCACCCAGGCUAUCAAUAGCAUUGAUGAACUGUUGACUCUGCCAGCUAAUAUGAAGAACCAUUCUCCCUUCAUAAUUUGCAUGAUCGCUAAUGUGACUAUUGCACAUCUAUCGGCUUGCAGGUUUAUCUUUUCUGAGGACCUUCGAUCCAAAGGCCGGGAGAAGAUCCGUUUGAGUAUGGGUACUUUGAAGCGUCUAAGCGAGCACUGGACACUAGGCAAACGGACUUACCGUGAGAUUGGAAUUAUCGCUCGGGAAUUGCUAUCUCUUGCAAAAGAUCCCCCGGCCAAUUUGGGUGUUGUUGAUAUGUCCCCUCUAGAUCCAACUUCGCCUGCAUUCCCGGGAUUGGAUAUAUUACCCGACGCUAAUUUUGACUUUUGUGCCUUUUUUGAUGCGGAUGCUCCUGGUCUAACUGAAAUGAGUUCAUUUAUUUUAAAAUAG